AUGUCGUCCACAACCGACGCGGAUGGCACUGAGGAUGUCAACGACUUCCUUUUGCGCAUCCGCGAAUUAGGAGAGAAGCGCGAUAAAGAGGACGAGGAACGCACAAAGAAGUUGGAGGAGGAAAUUCUGCAGGGUCGGAAGGAAAGACAGGCUCGGAGAGCUGAGCGGGCACGGUCGAUUUCCCCCACGAAAGAUUCACCUAUAUUAGAUCCCGCUCGGUUGAGCAUGUCUUCUUUCAGCCAGCGAGCGAUUGACCCCCCGGAACACCUCGAGCCUACCCCUCACACCCCGGGGCAUGACACUGGCAACGGGGCUGAUUCGGUUCGAGAUGACGCAUCGAUAUCCACCGACAAUGGCCGGAGGGGGUCGACUCUGACGGCAAACGAUGGAGAGACGGCUUCCAGACCUAUCUCACCUUUCCGGAGCAGAGCCGGCACUCUCUCCUGGCAACAAAGACCCACGUCUCGGGAUAGCAGCAGGCCUUUCUUCUCCGCAUCGCCCUCGCGUGAGAGCCGCUUUAGAGCCAUGUCCACAACGUCUAAUGAUGAUCAUGGGGUAUCUAGGAGCCCAUUCGCGUCUUCUCCUUCUUUCAAGGACGUACCGUGGUCCCGCCACACAGAAGGAGGGAGCCCGUCUCCGACCCGCGCAAAGCAGGUAGAGGAAGACUCACUGCACCCUCUGCACCCUGAUACUGCCGUCAAGGAGUCGGAGGCGAACCAGGAGCACACCACAGAGUCGGCGAAGGAAGCAGAAAAUAACGAGCUCGUGGAAGAGCGCUCGCGGUCUCCGUCAAGGGCAAGCUCGACGUUUGCAGAAAGUAGUUUGGGUAAUCGGUAUUCGAGCAUAUCUUCUGUGUCGACGGCCACUGGGCUUGGCUCUCCUUUGCCUCUGACGAGCGCACAAAAACUCGAGCCGCGAAAGACGGAGGACGGCGCAGAUGACCAGAUAACAUCACCCCCCUCGCCUAGGCGUUUGUCUCCCGAGCGUUCUACGUCUCCUACCAAGGGGCUCGGUGGAUUCGUGCAGAGUGCCAUGAUGAAGCGAUCAGAUAGCGUGUCUAAACGCUGGAGCGCUCAACUGCCGUCGGGGCUUAGUCGAGGUAAUUCAAUCUCUAGCAACCGCAACAGCUUCGCUGCUCCUUCCGGCAGUGAUGUUUUCUCCACUGCGCCUUCAUACAGAAUGAGCAGGGAUGGUGCAAGUCUUUCGCCCUCGCGGCCGACCUCUAGCCAUCGACCCGGUUCCAGCCACAGGCCUGGUUCUAGCCACAGACCCGGGUCUAGCCAUAGCGAAGCGACUGUCGUUCAUCCGGUCAAAGAUGGCGAACGACCGGCUACACCUCCCGUUCCGGGCAGCAGUGGUGCGCGGCUAGAUGAAGAGAACCGCAGACCCUCUCUGAGUCUGCAUACACGGUCUACCAGCACCGUUGAGAAAAGCACGGAUUCCGGCUCGUUACCACCAUCAAGCCCGUCAGUUUCGAGAACGAUGGAUCCCAAGAGAUGGAGCCCGACCAAAGCUUCCUGGCUCGAGAGUGCUUUGAACCGCGAUGAAUCACCUAGGCAUAAGCGACAGCCCUCUCAACAGGCUUCUUGGGUCAAAGAUCGGCAAUCAAGAGGUAGCGUUGACUUGGGUCGAAUCGCAAGCUUCAAAGAGGUUACACCCGUGGGUCUUAUGCGGACUACUGCACCUGGUGGUCACUCGAAGACCUCCAGUAUCACCGGCAUCCCCGAUAUAUUUUCCAAUCAAGAUGCUGGGAAGACAAAGGAAGCAGAACCCGAAACCGCCGUACAAGGUGCAGAUACUCAGGAUAGCGCUUUACCACCUGCAGAGAAGACCGAAGAUGCCUCUCCUUCGAAAGAGGAGUCGCCUACCAAAACAGAGGCGGAGCCCGAGAAAACGGAAGAUGGAGCUACUAAACACAAGCGUACGCCGUCUAACCUGAGCCCGAUAACCAAGACCACUAUCGAUGCGCCCCUGGCAUCCCCUCGUGACCCGCUGUUGAAUCGGCCCAAGCCUCUGUCUCCUGUGAUAGAUUUCAGAGCCAACCUUCGACGCAGGGAAGUGGUCAAGGAUGAGUCACCCAGGGAGGAACCGGAAUUCAAGAAUAUCUUUGGAAGGCUGAAGAAAGCAGAGUCCUCAAAACACGUGCCGCCGGACGAAUUGAAAGAGAAUAUUCUCAAAGGCAAGGCAGCUCUGAACUCCUCGGGCGGACCAAAGAAGUCGCAGAAAGUGGAUGAAUUGAAAGACAGCAUCCUGAAGCAGAAAGAAGCAAUCAAAGCCAGUGGGGGCUCGCUGAGACGUAAUACUGCGGGGGAGAAGGAUGCUCCUGGCAAAUUUGUACCUGAAGCAAUUGCAAUGCGGAACAAUUUGACCAAGUCCAGCAGUAUCAAAAGCAAUCUUUCAGCAGCCGAUUCUUCGUCACCGCUUUCGCCGCUCUCGCCUAGAGAGCCGGGCACACCAAAAAGCACGCAUGGCUUCCAGGUUGCAUCGCCACUGUCCCCUGCCGGCGCUGAGCCCCUCGAAAAGUUCCAAGGCUCGCCAAUCGCUCCAGAACCACCCAAGCCGGGCGUUGAUGAUACUGCCGAGGAGGCCGCUCAGCCAAAAUUGCCGGAACCAGAGAGAGAAUGCGGACAUGAGAAGACAGACGGGGCAGAGGUGAACGCUGAAGAGGUAAAGGAGGAGGGCAUCAAUCCGGUGCGUUCUCUGCCACCGGGGGAUUUGAUGCAGGCUACAAGUGCACCUGCUGAGACCGAGGGUCCUGCUGCUAAAAGUAAACUCGCAGGCCGAUUAAACCCUGCCUUAGCGGGCCUUUUGUCCCGUGGCCCGCCCGCACCGAUCAACGGGUCCAUGAAAGGUCCUUCAUUCGGCAGUGCUGGGGGAAGCAGCUCAGGAGUGGAAGGUUCUCAAGCUGGCGCACUCACUCAUUUGACCAAGGGUCGAGCUAGAGGGCCAAAGAGACGCCUGCCCCAGGGUACUACACCGGAAGGUACGAACUCACUCUUUGAUGAAAGCAAUCAUGUACCAGAGUCUCCGCCAACACCUUUGGAUGCACAGAGACCAGAAUCGAUGUACUCGGAGACGGAGGAGGAAAGUGAUGCACCGGAUAUGCCAGCACAUGUGGAUGUAGAGAAAGCCGAAGACAUGCCAUUGCAUACGGAGACGACACAUGCUUUAGAGCCAUUGACAUACAUGGAAGAAAAGACCCCCGAACCUGCGAGUCCAGUCCACGAGGCUAUCACGCAUGCACCAGAGCUUCCGGAAAUUGUGGGAAAGCCAGAAUCUGAGCCCCUGAGCCCACUGCACAAGGAAAAUACUAAUACCCCAGAGCUGUCGUCACCCAUUGAUGAGGAACCCCAACCUGAUAGCCCAGUGAAAGAGGAAAUGAACUAUGCACCCGAACGUUCAGCGCCUGUCCAUAACGAUGAACCCGAGCCUACCACGGAAUUCCAGGAAGAGACACACGAUGCACCUGUGCUCUCAGCAUCCAAGAUUGAGGAACCUCGACCUGCUAGCCCAGUCAAUGAGGAAGAGAACCAUGCACCCAUGGUUUCAGCGCCUAUUGAUAAGGAUGAACGUGGACCUGCGAGUCUACUCCAGGCAGAAGCUCACGAUGUUCCAGCGCUCUCAGCACCCAAGAUUGAGGAACCUCAACCUGUCAGCCCAGUCCAGAAAGAGAACGAUGCACCCAUGGUUUCAGCGCCUAUUGAUAAGGAUGAAUGUGGGCCUGCGAGCCCACUCCGGGCAGAAGUCCACGAUGUUCCAGUGCUCUCAGCACCAGCCGAUAAAACCGAAACCGUGCCUGCGAGCCCGAUCCGCGUGGAGGUGAACGAUAUACCAGUGGUCUCAGACGAACUUGAGCCCGCAAGCCCACUGCAGGAGGCAGUCCUCGACACACCAGCGGUAAAGGAUGAACCUGAGCCUGCCAGCCCGAUUCGAGAAGAAAUGAAUGAUGUACCGGUGGUUUCAGCGCCUGUUGAUAAUGGUCUACCUGAGCCUGCGAGCCCACUCCAGGAAGAAGUCCACAAUGCAUCGGUAGUUUCCGACCCAGUGGAUAACGAUAAACCUGAACCCGUGAGCCCGAUACACGAAGUCAAUCCGGCGCCAAAGCUCUCGGCGCCCCUGGAAAAGGAAGCCACACCUGCCUACCCAACCUACGAGGAGAACAGUGAUGCACUAGUGCCCCCAGCACUUAUGAGUAAGAAGAAGUCUGAACCUGCAAGCCCAAUCCAGGAGGAAAUCAAUGGUGCACCGGUUGCCUCAGCGUCUUUUUGUAAAGAUGAACCUGAGCUUGUGAGCCCAGUCCAGGAAGAAGUUCACACUGCACCGGUGCUCAAUGCACCUGCAGGUAUGAGUGGUCUUGAUGCUACGAGCCCGAACCAAGAUAAAGCCAAUGGAGCGCCAGAUCUCUCGACUCUUCUGGAAAAUGAAGAGGCCAAGCCUGCGAUCCCAGUCCGAGAAGGGAUCAUUCAUGAACCUGAGCAUUUAGCUUUUGCGGAUGGCGAGAAAUCUGAGGCUACAAACCUAGCUCUCGAGAGCCCUGACGCCUCAGGACUGCCAGGACAGGCGGAAGAGGCAACACUCGAAGUUACAAGCCCGAUCUUGGAAAGGAAAACUUAUGUACCACCGUCACCGGUCCAUAUGGAUACCAUAGAGACUGAAGCUACAAGCCCGGUUUACGACGAGACUGAUGAGGCCCAGGAGAUGUCGGCCAGUGAGGACGAGAAUAGGCCUUCAUCGUCAAUAGUUGGGGUGGACGAGCCCCCGUCGGCCUCUUUGGAUGCGCACGUUCCCGAGCCCAUGGUUUCUGCCGCAGAAGAGAAGAAUGGUGUUCUGAGCCCCCCUUCGCCAAAAGCAGAAGAACCCCAAACCAGAAGUCCAGCUCCUGAGGCGGGUGAUGCAGUACCGAACUCUCCAUCAGACCUUUCGGUUGCACACGAGCCAGCACCUGCAUGCCCAACCUCGGUCCACAACAUUGGUACUGUGAAGUCUCCAUCAUUGGAUGCAGAGUUCGAGCUUCCCAACUCCACGUCAGAAGUACCUGAGGCGAUCCCGAAAUCUCCAGCAUCUACUUUGGACGCACAGAGGUCAGAAGCACCCGUCUCACCCAUUGGCAGUCCUGCGGGAGCCUCCGGCGGCUGGCCCCUUCCUAAUACUGAAGUCAAAUCCAAUGACGAACCGCAAGCGAGCCCGAGUCAGCUUGACACGCCAGCAACAAGCAAGCCGACUGAAUUCAAGAGGAGCAUCCCUCGUUUGAUAGAGAGAGAGACCCCGCAGAAGCCCGAUGAUACGAGCCCUAAACCCUCAACAGUGUUGGACCAGACUGCUACCAAUAUCCGAGAGAAUGCCAGCGCAUACUUCAAGAGUAUACGAAGCUCACUCUCGGCAAAGCCUCCUUUGCCACCGAAAACAGCCCCACUGCCAGCAACACCUGUUUCGAACCAGACACGGGCUUCGCCAACUCACUUUUCUUCACCCUCUCCUUCGCCUUUGAGGGCAAGCUUCAGGGAUAACCAGAGUUAUACUCAUCCAACACAACAGAGGUCCGCGUCCUCACUCUUUUCCACCAUAGGUUCACGCAACUCGUCGCCACGGGAUAAAGCUUUGCCUUCUCCUCCGGUUCCUCCUAAGGGGUCCAGGGCCUCUGUUGACCGCUUCUCCUCGAGAUCUUCAACCUCUCUUGUACCUCAGGCCGAUGAAUCUUGGGAAGCCAUAUCUGAUUUCUUCAAGACCUUCCCGAAAUCGAGCGACCGUGUCAACAUUGAUACGCAGUUGAUGCUAGCAGAUAAGAGCGACAAUGCCAAGAUCAGGACUUUGAAGAGACAGUUGUGGGAGAUUACAGGAGAUGGAAAGAAGCAGGAUCUUCCUGUCAACCAGGAAUACAUCUUGUAUGAAGGAAGCAUGUACCUCUGCGUGCAUCUUUUUGAGGCUGAUGGCACUGUACGCUCUGAAGUGCACCUCUGGUGUGGUGAUGAUGUCCCCGACUCCGCAGUCGAUGAUGCGCAGGCUUUCUCUCGCAAAGUCGCCAAGGAUAAUGGGUCCAAGCUGGAGAUUAUCAAGCAGGGCAAGGAACCCGCUCGGUUCAUUCAAGCUUUGGGGGGCAUUCUCAUUACUCGCCGCGGCUUGAGUUCUCGCUCUAGCUCCUCCGCCAUCUUCAUGCUCUGCGGGCGCAAGCAUUUGGGUCAGAUGGUCUUCGAUGAAGUCAGCUUCUCGCCAAGCAAUCUGAGCUCCGGCUACCCCUUUGUGAUCUCUGCGAUGUUCGGCAAGCUCUUUCUCUGGAAGGGCAAGGGCAGCUCCGCCGAAGAGAUUGGUGCUGCGCGCCUGAUUGGCAUGGACCUUGGGCUAACCGGUGAAUUUGAGGAAGUGGCUGAGGGUGAGGAGCCAGAGAGCUUUUUCGAAGUCUUCCCCCACUGGGAACGAGAGACAGGUGAUACCAGCACCGACUACUGGCGUGUGAAACCUAACCACGAGCGAUAUCGGUCGCGGCUUUUCCGUAUCGACCACGAGCUCGGCCAACGUUCAGGGUUCUGGCUGCGUCGCUCAGGCUCGCCUUCUCCGGUUAUCCGGCCCAAUGACACUGUCCAGGAAAUCGAGCCAUUCUGCCUCAAGGACAUUACUGCCAAGGGAGUCUAUGUUCUUGAUACCUUUUUCGAGAUCUAUGUGAUCGUGGGCGACCAAGCUUCCAACCGACCCGCCGAGUUCGCAUCUGCGGUAGUCCUUGCGCACGAAUAUGGCAUUCUCACCGCAUCGCUUCAAGACCGACCCUUCAUCCCGAAGAGCUUUGUCGCCCUCGGAGGAGUUCCGGAGUCUUGCAGCACUGCGUUCCGAAAGUGGAUCCCGGGCUAUCCUUCGCAACGCCUUCCCCAGGUGUUUCCCCUCAAUGCGGCUAUCGAAGCGAUUCGGUCCGCUUAA